CGCCCGGACGGGAUUAAUCGAACCCCUCAAUGUUCCGGUAUAGCGGACACGUCUGGGAUUUCCGAGAUUACCCACGACCCAACCCAAACAGGAAGUGUAAACACUUCUCACGUAACAGCAGCGCAUGUGAUAGCCUUUCUCUUCGACUCCUCAGCAUUCACCACUUGGGACUCUGAUACUGUUUUGCUCAGUUGGUUGGUGUGUGCACCAGAAUACUCGAGGCCAUGGACUCGAUCAGUUGUUCGAUCUGCCUGGAUCUAUUGAAGGAUCCAGUGACUAUUCCCUGUGGACACAGCUACUGUAAAGGCUGUAUCAAGGGAUAUUGGAGUCUUGAUGACCAAAAGGGAAUUCACAGCUGCCCCCAGUGCCGACAGACAUUCACCCCAAGACCUGCUCUGAACAGAAACAUUCUGCUGGCUGAGUUGGUAGAGAAAUUGAAGACAGAUUUCAAAACGGUUCCCUCUGCUUCUUGUUUCUCUGGACCUGAAGAUGUGAAAUAUGAUCGUGAUGACUCAGCGGCAGAGAGGACGGAGAAACAGGGGCAGCUGAGGGAGAAACGGCAGCAGGUCGGGCUGAGAAUCUGUGUGAGAGAGAAGGAGAUGCAGGACGUAAGACAGGCGGUGAUGUCCCUUUCACUUUCAGCACAGGCAGCAGUGGAGCACUGUGAGCUGGUCUUUGCUGAGCUGACCCGCUCCAUUGAGAGAAGGCGCUGUGAGGUGAAGGAGCUGAUCAGCGCCCACCAGAGGGCGUCAGUAAGCCAAGCUGAAGGACUCCUGGUGCGAAUGGAGCAGGAGAUAGCUGAGCUGAAGAGGAGAGACAAGGAGCUAGAGCAGCUCGCACAAACAGAGGAUAACAUUCAUUUCCUCAAGACUUUCCAGUCUCUUUGUGUGGCUCCUGGAUCUGAGCUCUUACCCUAUAUCACUGCCAACCAGCACUUCUCCUUUGAGGAAGUGAAGAGCUCCAUCUCUGGAAUGAUGGAGCGACUGGAGGAUGUAUUGAAGGAGGAAAUGGUCCAGAUACCUGGAAAAGUAAUGGCUGUCUCCGAAGUCUAUGUCCUCAGCUCAAGACCAGAAUUAAUGGCUGCUGCUGAAGUACAUAUUCAUCAUGAGCCCAAGACCAGAGUGGAGUUCUUGGAGAACUACUGCCAUCUCACGUUGGAUCCCAACUCGGCGUAUCAACACCUGCGUCUGUCUGAGUGCAAUAGAGAAGUGUCAUGGAGUGACAAGGCUCUGUCUUAUUCUGACCAUCCAGACAGAUUCACAGACCACUACCAGGUGUUGUGUAAAGAGGAUCUGUCUGGAACCCGCUACUGUGAGGUGGAUAGGAGGGGGGAGUGUGAGGUAGCCAUCACAUACAGAAGCAUCAGCAGGAAGGGCGGAUUGGAAUGUUGCUUUGGUUCCAAUGAUCAGUCCUGGAGUUUGGUGUGUCGCAACUCGAGUUGUUCCUAUUGGCACAAUAAGAAUAGGACUGAUAUCCCUGUCCCCUGCUCCACCAGAGUAGGAGUGUAUCUGGACAGCAGGGCAGGGACUCUGGCCUUCUACAGCGUCUCGGAUACAAUGACCCUCCUCCACAGAGUCCAGACCACAUUCACCGAGGACCUCUGUGCUGGUUUUUGGGUUGGUCCUGGUUGUGGAUCAUCUGUGGCUCUGUGUUGACUGAACGUCAUAGAAUACAGUGCAUUUCAAAUCAAAUUGUAUUUCUCAAAUGCGCAGAAUACAACAGGUGUAGGCUUUACUGUGCUUACUUACGAGCCCUUUCCCAACUAUACGGAGUUAAAAAGUAGGGGGGGAAAAUGAAGGAAACAGUAACACAAUAAAAUGACGAGGCUAUAUAAAAGUUGUACCUGUACUGACUCAAUGUGCAGGGGUACGAGGUAAUAUGUAUAUGUAGGUAAGGGUAAAAGUGACUAGGCAAUCAGGAUGGAUAAUAAACAGAGUAGCAGCAGUGUAUGCGAAGAGUGUGAAAGUGUGUCUGUGUGUGAGUGUGUUGGAGUGUCAGUGUAGAGUCCAGUGAGUGUAUAGAGCCGGUGCUCUGCACAAGGGGGUCAAUGAAAAUAGGCCGGGUAGACAUUUGAUUAAUUGUUCAGCGGUCUUAUGGCUUCGGGGUAGAAGCUGUUCAGGUGCAGUCUAUGACAUGGGUGGCUGGAGUCUUUGAAAAAUGUUUAGGGCCUUCCUCUGACACCGCCUGGUAUAGAGGUCCUGGAUGGCAGGGAGCUCGGCCCCAGUGACAAAUAGGAAGGAAAUAUAAGACCGAUCACUUGGGAAAGUUGGAGAAAGUUGAUUUGCUUAAAAUCGUGACCUGGAUGAAGGGAGUUGACACUUCAUUUAGGAGUCCUGCUGCGAAGCCGGUCUUUAUCUACAAUGUUUGAUUCCAGCUUUACCAAUGGGGGAGGGGUGGGGCCAUUGUUUUAAAGAUUACAAUAAUAAAUUAAAUAAAUCAUU